GGGUCCUCACGCCGCCCUUCCACGUCUCCCGGAAGAGAGAGCGGAGAUAGUGGGGCUGGCUGGUGCCGGGACGCUGCUCGAGUGUCUCCCGGCUCCCUCCUUCCUCCAGCUCCGGAGGAAGGAGGAGGAGGAAGAGGGGGGAAAAAAACAAGGAGAAAAGGAGGAAGGCAGGCGUCCAUCCCUUCGCUCCGGGCCGGGGACUGACGCAGUCAGGGUUCUACAACUUCCGUCAUGUCUUGGUUUGCAGAUCUUGCUGGAAAAGCCGAGGAUCUUCUGAACAGAGUUGACCAAGGGGCUGCAACAGCCCUUAGUAAAAAAGAAAACAUCAGUAACAUCACAUAUAACACAGACACUGAAUAUCCUGAACUGCACCAACAGAAUACAGACUUGACAUAUCAGACUGUAUCUAAAGCUAAUUACAUCUCUUCUGCAGCAGAUCAUAUUAGACAUCAGAAGGCUACCAUUUUAGCAGGGACUGCAAAUGUGAAAGUGGGAUCGAGGACAUCAGUGGAGGCUUCCCACCUGGGUGAAAAUACAUCUACUCCUAGGCCUUCUUCCCAUUUUGUUCGAAGAAAAAAGUCUGAACCAGAUGAUGAACAGCUAUUUGAUUUUCUCAAUAGCUCAGAGAAGGAACCUAAUGGAAGGGCUGAAACUAAAAAAGAAAGGGGCAAGGCAGCUAUUCAGAGUCAUUCUCGAACAUCAAGCAUUAGUUCUGUGUCUACCGGUGCACCCAGCAUCAAAACUACUGAAGAAAACUCCACCAGGAGUCAAGGCCAUGAAACCUCUGACAGUUCAGAUUCCGGAGUAGGAGCUCAGGUGGAUGCUGAAAAAGAAAAUAAAUCCCUCAGUGCCAAGUCUAGUGAUCGAAGCCUUUCUGCUAACAAUGAUGGCAGGUCCCAGGAAUUGUCGAAUCUUCGAUUGGAGAAUCAACUACUAAGGAAUGAAGUUCAAUCUUUAAAUCAAGAAAUGGCUUCAUUAAUUCAAAGAUCCAAGGAAACACAAGAAGAAUUAAACAAGGCACGAGCAAGGGUGGAGAAAUGGAAUGUAGACCAUUCUAAGAAUGAUCGGGUAGUUCGAGAACUUCGAGCUCAAGUUGAUGAUCUGACUGAAGCAAUAGGUGCAAAGGAUUCCCAGCUGGCUGUGCUGAAAGUGAGAUUACAGGAAGCUGAUCACCUGCUGAAUACUCGAACUGAAGCCUUAGAAGCACUACAGAGUGAAAAAUCACGAUUACUGCAAGAUCACAGUGAAGGGAACAGUAUGCAAAAUAAAGCUUUGCAAACUCUACAAGAAAGACUGCAUGAUGCUGAGUCGGCCUUGAAGCGGGAACAGGAUAGUUACAAGCAGAUGCAGAGCGAGUUUGCUGCUCACCUCAGUAAAGUAGAAAUGGAGCAUCAGGAUUUGGCAGAAGCGGUCACCGCAGCAGAAAGAAAAUACUUAGACGAAAAGAGGAGAGCUGAUGAGCUGCAGCAGCAGGCCAGGCUGUCCAAGGCCAGUGUGGAAUCCCUUAAACAAGAACUGACUGACUACAAACAAAAAGCUUCUCGCAUACUUCAGUCGAAGGAAAAAUUGAUUAGCAGCUUGAAAGAAGGCUCUGGUUUUGAAGGUCUAGAUAGCCAUACUGCAAGUACUAUGGAAUUAGAAGACCUUCGGCAUGAGAAAGAGAUGCAAAGAGAAGAAAUGCAAAAAUUGAUGGGCCAGCUACAGCGGCUUAGAACUGAGUUACAGGACAUGGAAAAUCAGCAGGUAAGUGAAGCUGAAUCUUCAAGAGAACGGCUGCAAGACCUCCAAGAGCAAAUGGCUGAACAGAAAGCGGCCAGACAGGAAGUAGAAGCUGAGCUAGAACGUCAGAAGCAGGAAUUCAGUUAUACAGAAGAAGAACUCUGUCGAACCAAAAGUAUACUACAAAGCAGAAUUAAAGAUCGAGAAGAUGAAAUCCAGAAACUCAGGAAUCAGCUCACAAACAAAACUCUAAGCAAUAGCAGUCAAUCAGAGCUAGAAAACAGACUUCAUCAGCUGACUGAGACACUGAUUCAGAAGCAAACUAUGCUGGAGAAUCUUAGCACCGAAAAGAACUCUCUUGUUUAUCAGCUGGAGCGGCUUGAGCAACAGAUAAAGUCUGUCCCUGGGCAUAGUAAUGGACCUUCUAUUAAUAUGUCUGGAAUUGAAGGUGUUGAAGGAACCCGUGUACGAAAUGUUCCUGUUCUUUUCAGUGAUUCAGAAGCCAACAUGGCAGGAAUGUAUGGUAGAGUACGGAAAGCUGCCAGUACUAUCGACCAGUUUAGCAUCCGUCUGGGAAUCUUUCUUCGAAGAUACCCCAUUGCAAGAAUAUUUGUAAUUAUAUAUAUGGCUUUGCUUCACUUCUGGGUCAUGAUUGUUCUACUUACUUACACACCAGAAAUGCACCAUGACCAUCCAACUGGCAAAUGAGCUGAGCCAGAAUGAUCAGUCUUUUUUCCCCUGGACUUUGGAUCUGCAAAGAGUCUGUUGCCUGAAAUGGUCAAGAAGGGCAUAUAUCAUUACCUGUUUUAGUACUACUUUCAAUUUUUAAAUUAUUGAACGAAUACUAUGCUUUAUAACUUCUUCCUCUAAUUUUAAAAAAAUGGUAACAGUCUCUUAGAAGAAGACAUAAGCUCAGCUUAACCUUUGCUUUGCAGAAAGUUAAUGGUCUAGUGUGAUACGCACACAUAAUGGAUUUUGAUAAAAACAUCAGGCUAGACCAGUUUGGUAUAGCAGAUACUAUACUUUAGGUCAUUACUGAUUAUGGGCUAUAAUCAGGGAAAGUAAUUGUAUUUAGAUAUAUAAAUAAAAGUUUUAGUUACUCUGUCUGCAUUUGCAUUUCCACAUUUUUUACUUUGUAAAUAUUCCCCCCUCUUCAUGGUAAAGGCCUGAUUGGCUGGUGCAAUAUCUUUUCAUAAAUAUUUACAGGAAUAAAAUCUAAUGUGCAUCUUUUUCUUUCUCCUUUUUUUUUCAAGAGUUUUGUGUUGUUCAGUCUAAUAUGUCUUGCCCAAAUGAUAUGAUAAGCAACAUAACAAGGGUUGGCGAGCUGUGGCAUUUACUGCUGAAUGGUAUUGGAGCAAUAAGUGACAUUCAAAACAUUCUCACUGUAUGCAUGCAUCUCUUUUGUUUUUCCCACCCUCUCUUCCUCCUUCCUGUUUCUCUUUGCUUUAUCUUCUUCCUUUUUACUAUCUUUUUUCCUUCUCCCUUGUCUGUGCCUUAGACCAUCCCGUGGCAUCCAUGAGCAUGGCUUAGCUCCAAUAAUGACACUCAGGAAUCAAGCCUGUUUUAGCUACUAUUUGUGCCUUCAUAUUUUUAUACUCAUACAGAGGACUUAUCCAGUUGUUAUUUGAAAAAUGACUUUUUUGCUUUUAGAGUUAAGUGUAGUGAGCUUUGCAACUUUCUACCUACAUACCUACAUCCCAGAGUUUUUAUGGAUGUUGAUGAUGAUGAUAUACUUGGACAUUUUAUUUUACAGUUGCUAUAUUGCUAAGGUAUGUCUGUUUUAAUCAGAUUUCUUGGUUGGUAGUUAAUAGAAACAUAUAAAACAGAUAAUUUGAACAGAGGUUCCUGCUUCAAUAUUACCAUAGACAAAUAGGAAUGCUGAUUACCACAUGAACAUCUGUGCUUCUUAUCAUUAGAAAGGAACCUUUAAAAGUGGCCUUCCAGUAGUAUGUGGACCUUUCUCAGUUUUGUCUGAAGUUGGACAAAAAGAUUAACAAUGUAAGAAAAAGUAAUGUUACUUGUAUAUAGGAGUCUGAGGUGUGGAAACUGAUCCGUAGUCAGCCCCUGAAGUUGUCAGAUGUUUUUUCUCAGGUGCAGUAGUCUAUCACAUGCUGAGUUGUGAUGCCAGGUUUGAUGCAUGGGUGGAAUGAAGUAAUACUUCAGAAGCAUUUAAAAAUAUUUGGUAUGUGAGUUUUUGUAAAGGGUUUUCUUGUUUAAAAAAUCAUUCCAAAUGGAGUUAUUUCUUAAAAAUGAUUAGAAACAGCUUGCAUACUUAAAAUGAAAACUACCAUGUGUCUCAUCACUGAAUAUCACCAAACUUUGCUUUCUUCCUCACAGCCACCUGCCUUUUGUUGGGAAGUCUCUAAAAUUUUUGCUCAGUCUUUACGCAUUCUUGGCUUUGGAAGUGUUUGACAGAGCAUUUCCUGAAUCAUACUUCUGUACAUAUUUAAACCUUUAAUUGUGUCUCCAUUUCCAAGUUCUUGACUCCUGAUACUAAAACUAUUUGUUUGCGUUUAUAUAAUUCCUACCCAUCCACUUAACCUCUAGUAACUUGUGACUUUUCCAACAUAACUUAAAAUAUGAUCUUGUCAAAGGAGCUUGUUAGACCAUCAAUCCUUUAUUAAAAUGAUUUACUUUUC